CAUGUCUGAAUUGGAAAGGAUAGUUGAAGAUCUAGGCUAUGAGAUGGCAGGUAGAUUGGAUGUAUAUUGGUGUUUGCCAGGGUUGCAAAUUAAGACUGGUGGUCUUAGGAAAAUGAAUUCCCAGGAAGCUUGUGACAAUAUUAGUGCUUGUGUAGUUUUUGGACAUAAAGAAAUUCAGUUAUUCCUUGACCAUGAUGAGAGCUACAGGAGUAUCGAAUGGGAUGAUGUUGUGGUCUUUCCUGUCAAUGAUUUACCUCAUGUGAUCAGUCCUAGGAAAGUAAAAGAGGAGAAAUUUGCAGAGAGAAUGUCUGAACAAAAUAUGGCAGAGGAGCAAGGUGAUGACAAUGCAGAGGAGGCUGGGCAGAACAUGGAAGAGGGGCAAGGUGAUGAGCAAUUCAAUGAGGAAGAAAUUGAGCAGUAUAUGGCAGAUGCUGAGGAAGAGGAUGAGGCUGAUGUGGAAGAGGAACAGGAGGAAGAUGUUGUGGAAGAGGAACAUGAUGAAUAUGCACAGUCAGAUGUAGAUGAUGGCAGUCUUUCUCAUGCUGGAAGAGGAGUUAGUGAUUCAGAAAAUGGGGAUGAAAUUGUGGACAGUGAUUAUGUUAUAUCUGAUGGAGAUGUAGAUCUUCUAGAAGAUCAAAUAGAAGAGGUGGUAAUAGAUGUAAAAGGAAAGAAAGCUGCAGAUAUUGGAGCUUCUUCUGAUGAGGAAGAUCUUCAGAUGCCAGAUUCUGAUGAGGAUGAGCUGAAGCACAACUUCAAUACAUUCAGGCCAGAAGAUAUGCAUGAUCCUGUGUUCAAAGUUGGACAGUUAUUCCAGUCACCAGAGAUGUUAAGGAAAGCCAUUAGGGAAUAUUUAAAUUGUUAGUGAGCUCAUAUGUGUAGUUAUGCAAUGCAGGUACAUUUUAGAAGCAAGAGAGUUGCCAAUCCUCUCUAUGAUAGACAGGAUUAAGGCACAACUAACUACUAGGAUGGUUACAAAAAAUGAAGAGAUGUUGAGCUGGACAUCUCCAAUUUGCCCAAAGAUUAAGAAAAGACUAGACAAGAACACAGAAUUAGCUAACACAUGUUAUGCUGAAUUAGCUGGAGAUGGCAUAUAUUCU